AUGAUAAGGUUUCUAAAUGGAGUUAACAAGUUUGGUGGUUUUGGUAAACCAUGGUUCUAUGUUCAUUCCUUCCAUUCUCUAUUGUCAUCAUCGUCAUCAUCGUCAUCACCAUCAUCUUCAUUUCACCAUUCAUUCACAGCCACAGAUCCCAAUGUCCUCCACCGAGUUCUACAACGCUGCAGAGUUUCUAUGAAUUUAAAAGCUGCCACUAAAGCUCACGCAAGAGUUGUAGUGAUUGGCCUUGCCACUUACCCUUCUCUUGUUUCAUCUCUCAUCUCAACCUAUGCUCAUUGCAACCAACCUCACAUUGCCCUUCACGUUUUCUCCAACGUUUUGGACCUCUUUAGCAGGAAUUUGGUGAUCGCGAGUUUGAUGAAAGAUGGACAAUGUGAUGUUGCGACGAAGGUGUUUGGUAAAAUGCUUGUGAGAGAUGUGGUCACUUGGAACUCCAUGGUUGGAGGUUACGUCAAAAGCUCGCGCUUCUUCGAUGCGUUGAACCUUUUCCGGAGGAUGCUGAGUGCCAAGGUUGAGCCUGAUGGGUUCACCUUUGCUUCUGUAAUUACUGCGUGUGCACGCCUUGGCGCUCUUUGCAAUGCCAAGUGGGUGCACGGUUUGAUGGUUGAGAAGAGGGUUGAGCUGAAUUAUAUAUUGAGUGCUGCGUUGAUUGACAUGUAUGCUAAGUGUGGUAGGAUUGAUGUAUCAAGACAGGUUUUUGAGGAGGUUGUGCGUGAUCAUGUGUCGGUUUGGAAUGCUAUGAUUAGUGGGUUGGCAAUUCACGGACUUGCAAUGGAUGUCAUUGUGAUUUUUUCGAGGAUGGAGACAGAGUGUGUUUUGCCAGAUUCUGUCACUUUUAUAGGGAUUCUGACUGCUUGUAGCCAUUGCGGAUUGGUUGAAGAAGGUCGCAAGUAUUUUGAUAUGAUGCAGAACCGUUUCAUGAUUCAGCCACAGCUGGAGCAUUAUGGAACCAUGGUUGAUCUCUUCGGACGAGCAGGGCUUACGGAAGAGGCCUAUGCUCUGAUUAAGGUGAUGCCUAUGGAGCCUGAUGUUGUGAUAUGGAGAGCACUUCUGAGUGCUUGUCGAAUCUACAGAAAGAAAGAACUUGGUGAAGUUGCCAUUGCAAAUAUAUCCCGCCUAGAGUGUGGAGACUUUGUGUUGUUGUCAAAUAUGUAUUGUUCUCUAAAGAAUUGGGAUAGUGCUGAGAGGGUGAGACGGAGGAUGAAAAUGGGAGGGAUUCGGAAAAACCGUGGUAAGAGUUGGAUUGAAUUGGGAAACAGCAUUCAAAAAUUCAGUGCAGCUGAUCAUUCACAUGCGGAAAUGAAAUCAAUUUACCGAGUGCUGGAAGGUUUGAUCCAAAGAGCUAAGUUGGAUGGAUUCACACCCUUGACGGAUCUGGUUUUGAUGGAUGUGUCUGAAGAAGAAAAGGAGGAAAAUUUAAUAUUUCACAGCGAGAAGUUAGCGUUGGCCUAUGGGGUCCUGAAAAGUAGCCCUGGAACAAAAAUCAGGAUUUCCAAAAACCUUCGUAUCUGCCUAGACUGUCACAAUUGGAUUAAAAUUAGACUACUGGUAGAGUUAUUUCUUGGUUGCAUGGCUGAGUGCCCUCAGCUUAUGCACAUAUUGAUUGAGAAGAAAGUCUCUGAUGUGUGCUCCCUCAUACCUUUUCCUGACCUCCAAAUGGAAUAUUACCGGUUGUUGGAAAAAGGAACAAUAUUUAAAAUUGCAGACAUGCUUUUGGUUGCAUGUCUAGCAACCCUCUACCUUGCAUGCAGAAGAAAAGCACCAGUUUAUUUGAUAGACUUCAACUGCUACUGUCCACCCAGUUCUUAUAGGUUACCAAUGGCCAUGUUUGAAGAGAAUCAACUUUAUGAGGACAUGGAUCCAGAGGCUAUUGCUUUCCAAUGCAAGAUCAUGGCCAAAUCAGGAUUCAGUGAGCUAACAUCCAUUUCUCCAUCUCUUGCUGAGAUACCCAAAAUCAAGGCUCUCUCCUUUGCCCUUGAGGAGGCUGAGACAAUCAUGUGUUCAGUAAUCAAAAACCUGUUCGAGAAAAACAAGAUCAACCCUAAAACCAUUGACAUACUCAUCACUAAUAGUAGUGUCUUCUGCCCCACCCCAUCUCUUAGUGCCAUGGUGGUUAACAAGUUCAGAAUGAGGAGCAACAUCAUGAGCUUCAACCUAUCUGGUAUGGGAUGCAGUGCUGGAAUUAUUUCAAUGAGUCUAGCCAAAGACUUGUUGAGAGUUCAUAGGAACUCACUAGCUUUAAUAGUAAGCACAGAGACGCUGAGUCUGAAUUGGUACACUGGUAAAGUCCCUUCUAUGCUUCUAUCUAAUUGCCUAUUCAGAAUGGGUGGCGCAGCUAUAUUAAUGUCUAGUAGGGUCCAAGAUAAGCACAAGGCAAAGUAUAAACUACAGCAUAUUGUUAGAACAAUCACUGCACAGGAUGAUCAAUCUCAUGGCUGUGUCUACCAACAAGUGGAUCCAGCGGACAAAGAAGGUGUAUCCAUAUCAAAGAACAUAGUCAACGUGUCUGGAGAUGCACUGAAGAAAAAUAUAGCUUCACUAGGACCACUGGUUCUGCCUUUGAGGGAGCAAUUCUUGUAUUUAUUUUCCAUUAUUUGUCGGAAAAUGUGUUGUACGAGAAGAAUAAGCAUCUACACUCCAAAAUUCAACCAUGCUUUUGAGCAUUUCUGCAUACAUUCAGGGGGAAGAGCCAUCAUAGAAGCCGUUGAAAGAAACUUGAAGCUAAGGAAACAGGACGUGGAGCCAUCAACCAUGACUCUCUACAGGUUUGGAAAUAUUUCAUCAUCUUCAAUUUGGUAUGAGCUGAGCUACAUAGAAGCAAAAGGAAGGAUGAAAUGUGGGGAUAGGGUGUGGCAAAUUGCUUUUGGAAGUGGAUUCAAGUGUAAUAGUGCAGUGUGGAAAUGUGUAUGUGAUAUGAAGCCAGACACAGCCACUGCAUGGAGGGAUACAAUUCACUCCUACCCUGUCGAUAUUAUGAGAACAAACUGA